CUUCUCCUCUCUAUUUAACUAAUGAUUUAAUUAAAAUCGCGAUCUUAAGGUUGUUAAAUAAAAGACACGAUAAGAAACUUGAUUGUUGUGCCUUUAAGUGGUCUUUUUUCUUUGUUUGUUAUGCGAAAGCUCAAUCAGUCGCACCUUUACACCAAAGCUAUCAUGUGCUGCUUGUUUAGUUUGGUGGCAACAGUGUCGGUGAUUUGCAAAGAAUCUUUCACAUAAUUCAUCCUUUUAAUCUCCUCAUCAAGUUAAAGGAGCAAAAAAAAAUUCAAAAUUUAACGAACUUUUAGUGAAAUUCUUUAAAUCUCUCAAGUUUUGUGAAGAAGAAUGUUUAGCAGUUGUUGGCAUAUCCACUGGGGUGUAUUGUUAAUUUGUAACGAAGCACCAGUGCAGAGUAAUUAGCGAUUGGACUAAAUUCCUCGAUUUGGUCCACUUCCAUCGACCCUUCGAUUAACACAGAUUUCAAUUGCCAUCCAAUUUGUGCUGGACUCCAUUUGUGCAAUCUCUGGCAUCUCAAUCCGCGUUGGUUUCCCGCGACGAGUGCACGUCUCAAACAACCAGGAAUCCUCUGGUCCGUGACGCAAAGUGAAAGCUCUGCUGGCUCUGCUGUAGUGUCGAUGGCAUCACAUACAAAUUGUGCUCUCACUCUCGAUGAGAGCCCUUCACAUACUUCUGCUGCAUCCCCCACAACACCGCAACAGGAUGCAACAGCAUCAACGGUUAACGUUCAAAUUGCGCGCGACCGUUGGGGCAGGGACAUUGAGUUCCUUUUCUCGUGCAUUGCUCUCUCCGUGGGCCUGGGCAAUGUUUGGCGCUUCCCCGUGAUUGCACUCGAAAAUGGCGGCGGUGCCUUCGUCAUCCCCUACCUCGUUGUCCUAAUCUGCGUGGGUAGACCCGUGUACUACCUGGAGAUGCUUGUGGGACAAUUUUCAAGUCGUGGCGCCAUUCGUGUCUUUGACUUCUCACCCCUUUUUCGUGGGAUCGGCUACGGACAGGUCCUGGCAACGGGCUUCGUAACAACCUACUAUGCCUCCAUUAUGGGCAUAACACUGCGCUACUUCUUUGCAUCCCUCACAACGGAUGAGCUUCCGUGGAAUAAGUGCAAACCGUCGUGGAAUGAUUCUCAAGUCAUUUGCAUUGAUUCGAGAUUGAAGAAUACUUUUGGGGGACUUUCCUCUGACUCCAGACGGCCAAUUACCUCAGCUGAACUCUAUUUCACAAAUGAGAUUCUAAAGGAGAAAGACUCAAUUGAGGAUGGAAUUGGUUGGCCUGAUAUGAUCCUCCUGGGUUGUCUCGCACUUUCCUGGACCGUUGUCUGUUUGACGCUUAUCCGAGGAGUUAAGUCUUCAGGGAAGGCGUCCUAUGUGCUCGCCAUUUUUCCCUACAUUGUCCUCGGGAUACUCCUUGUGCGCGCUGUGACGCUUCCAGGAUCAACGGAUGGGAUUCUUUUCUUCAUUACACCACAAUGGGAGCAACUUCUUGAGCCAAAAGUUUGGUAUUCUGCUGUAACACAGGUCUUCUUCUCCCUCACUGUGUGCUUUGGUAACAUCAUCAUGUACGCUUCCUACAACAGAUUUAACCUCAAAAUCUCGAGGGAUGUAAAUAUAAUCACAACAAUUGAUACAGCAACAUCCCUCCUGGCGGGAUUUGUAAUCUUUGGCAUUUUGGGGAAUUUAGCUCAUGAAAUUGGCACUGAUGACAUUCGAUCUGUUGUUCGAGGAGGAGCUGGAUUGGCAUUCAUCUCCUAUCCAGAUGCUCUGAGCAAGUUUACCUUUGCUCCGCAGGUGUUCUCAGCUCUCUUCUUCCUAAUGCUCUUCGCAUUGGGCAUUGGAAGCAAUGUGGGAAUGACUUCGUGCAUAAUGACCGUGAUUAGAGAUAAAUUUCCAACGCUUCACCACUGGAAGGUUGUCCUUGGAAUUGGCCUUGUUGGUCUCUGCCUUGGCUCCAUCUUUCUCACUCCGGGUGGUCAGUACAUUCUCAACCUCGUGGAUUUCUUCGGAGCUUCCUUCAUUGCUCUCGUUCUAGCUAUUUUGGAAUUGGUGUCCAUUGCAUGGGUAUACGGAGUUAAGCGUCUGUGCAAAGAUGUGGAGUUUAUGCUUCAUAUACGCAUAGGCUGGUACUGGAGACUCUGCUGGGGCUUCAUAACACCCAUCAUGAUGGCUUGCAUCCUCAUUUACACAAUUGUAAAGCUUGAGCCAUUAACGUAUCGCGAUCAAACUUACCCCACUGCAGCAUAUGCUGCAGGAUGGAUUCUCUCGACAUUGGGUUUAAUGCAAUUCCCUCUGUGGGCUCUGUACGCCAUUAAAAAGCAGAAAGUUCAGGGAGUUUGGAAUAAAUUACAUUCUGCCCUUCAGCCUAAAGCCAAUUGGGGGCCCCUCGAUGAGAAUCUCCUCCGGGAAUAUCAGAGCUACACAGCAAAGCAUAUGCGCGAAAGUGAGCCACAUUGGAGGCAAAUGAACUUUUUUGAAAAGAUAAGAGAUAAAAUUUUUAAUUGAAAAGUUUUUUUAUUCUGUACUUUUACAAUGAAUUUUAUUAAUAAAAGAAAAAAUACAGAAAUUUAUGAUUUUGAUAAUUUGGAAAAUAUUGGAAUUGUUUGUGAAAUCGGUAAAAUCGCUUCAUAAAAAAAUCGUAUUUAUAGGUUAGUAAACAAAUAUGUUGUAAACUUUCAAUUGAAAAUUACAUUUCGGUGAUAAUUAAUUUGUAAUUUGUAAUAUUUAUUGAAAAAUAGUUUGUUUUUACGAAGGCACUACGCUCUAGAGAAUUUUUUUUUGGGUAUAAAAAAGUAGUUAGGCUCAAAUGAAGGGACUACGCGCCUAGCUAAAAUCCUGUAAUUGAAAUGUAAUUGAGUAAUUAAAAUGUAAUUGA